AAUCCCCCGAGCCCUGUUUGUGAUUUUUCGCCGAUUUGGGCAGGAAUAUGCUGCACAGUGCUGGCAUCUUGUUUAUUCUGAUGCUAUGCAACUAGGAAUUUGCCCUGUCCAAGAUGGCGGCCGCAUUUCUCGUGCCGAGCAUCCAAUGCGGCGUCUACUCUUUAUUAUGUCCAUGGUGUUCUGUCACGACUGAACUUGUAGCUAGGUGACGUCAUAGUUGCAAAACCGAAGGGGAUUAUGGGAGUAGUCGCCAUUUUUCAGGUCUCACUGAUGCAGUGGUGUUGUGUUGUUGGAGAGUUAUUUUAUUCAUUCAUUUCAUUUAGGUUUCCAAAUGGUACGUCCUUGUUGUGUGAUAGGCUGCAAUAUAAAGUCUCACGACAGCAAAGGUCAAAAACUUAACUACGGGGGUAGGUUUUUUAGCUUUCCCACUUUGAAGAAAAGACAGAGACACCAUAGCGGAUGUAACGAAGAGGCGUGGGAUACUGGGGUUGCAGGUCAACCUGCAUAUGAGAUGAUGGAGACUUACCCAGACUGGACACCCUCCCUCCAUCUGGGUCACACAGAAAUAAUUUGCACCAACACUGCACACUCUGCAAGGCAAAGGAAGAGGGAGCAAAGAAAAAACACACGCAGCAACCUGAAGCAGAUGAACAACACACUGUGGAUGAGCAACACAAGGCUGAAGGAGGCGGUGAGCAACACACUGAGGAUGAGACAAGAGGCUGGAGAUGGUGAGCAACACAUUGAGGAUGAGACACAAGAGGCUGGAAAAGGUGAGCAACACACAGAGGAAGAGACACAAGAGGCUGGAGACGGUGAACAACACACUGAGGAAGAGACCAACAACAUAAAGGAGAUGGCAGUGACACAAACAGAAUGUAACUUCUGUGUGCACAGAUGUGCAGACAUAAACUGCCUGUUGGAAGAAAACAGACAACUGCGACGUGAACUUGAUGAGUCCAGGAUGUCUGAUAGUUUAGACAAUGAUCAUACUGAAAGUACUACACAGGGCUGCCAAACCUGGGAACCUUUAUGGCCUUACUACAUGUUUUGGUGCCUUUCAUGCCAGACCAAAAGAAGAAAGUUCUCAGUCUGUUUCAAACGUUUCAUUUGAAUAUAUAAUUUAAUUUAUGUUGUGCUGAUGCUUUAUCCUGCUUUGCCAGCCUUGCAUUUACGUUAAAACAUGUAGGAACACAUUUUUCAGAAAUGUGUUUAUUUUUUUUCUUGUGAUUUACUUUGACAGCUAAAUGGAAACAAACACAUGGGUAAGGUUUGAUACUUGAGGUGUAUUAAAAGUAAUAUUUUGACAGUUACAAUAGUGCAAACUGCAAAUCCGUGAUCUAUCUGAACAGAAAAUGUAUGUUUAAGUAAAUGUCAGUGCAAUUUAUAUAUUUGUGCAUGUACUGACGGUACUGAAAGUCCUUUUGUCAGAAUGUAAUUUAUGUCAAUCCUGUACCCAGCCAAUGCUGAAAUGUCUGUGGGCUUCAAGGGAUUUACUGUUUUUAAAUUGUUCACUGGUAUAAGCGCUAAUACCAUAAACAAGAUAGUUUACUAUAUCCAAGUAUGAGGAUUGCGGUAGCAAUGCAGGGUCAGAACUCUAACUUACUGCAGUCAGCUCGUAUGGAUCCAGUAACCCUAACCUCUACGAGCUGACUGCAGUAUGUCUUGAAUGGAUGACAAUUUCUAAAAUUAACUGGCAUUUUUUGUGAGUUUAUCGCAGUAUGGCCUUUUCUCAGUUUUAUUGUACUUCUCCAGUUUUGCGAAUUAUUUGCUUGUUAUCUCUUGUAAAUUAUCCUCAGUGCUCAGUCAGUAGCCUAUGUUAGCGAUACCUGGAAAAUGGCGCCGCGGUGACGUCACACACAACAAACCCACGUGACUGACAAAGACCGAUAGCAAGACGAGUUGGCUAACUGCUUGUGGAGAAACAAAUGCUUUAUUUUGCUUUCCCUUGAAAUAGCCCUGCGUGGCCAUGAUGAGAGUGGAAGAUCAGAAAAUCCUGGUGUUUUUAGAGGAUUGGUAGAUUUAGUAGCAUCACUAGAUGUAGUGUUGAGCAGUGGUUCCCAACCCUGGUCCCUGGGACCCCCUGUCCUGCAUGUUUUAGACG